AUGGAUCAGUGUGAGGACAGAGGAGACCCUCCCUGGAAGACUACCAACAGGACCCCCACAGGACCUGGACCUCACAGGACCCCCACAGAACCUGGACCUGAGAGUCAACCCAAAGCUCAGAGAUGGGAAUAUUCUGCUUCAGAGGAGGUUCUUCUGAGGCUGCUGCCAAUGGUUAAAGCCUCCAACAAAGCUCUACUGAGUGGCUGUAACCUGUCAGACAGAAGCUGUGAAGGUCUGUCCUCAGUCCUCAGGUCCCAGUCCUCUAGUCUGAGACAUCUAGACCUCAGUAACAAUGACCUGAAGGAUUCAGGAGUGAGGAUCCUGUCAGAUGGACUGAAGAGUCCAGGAUGCAGACUGGAGACCCUCAGACUGUCAGGAUGUCUGAUCACAGAGGAAGGAUGUUCUUCUCUGGUCUCAGUCCUAAAGUCCAAUCCGUCCCAUCUCAGACUGUUGGACGUGAGCUACAACCACCCAGGAGACUCAGGACAGGAGCUGUCUGCUCUGCUGGAGGAUCCACACUGGACACUGGACACUCUCAGGUUGGAGCCUGGUGGAGUCCGAUGGUUGAAACCAGGUCUGAGGAAGUGUAAGUGUGAUUUAUAUUAG